AUGAUCUCGGGCUCAAGGCUUCAUCUCAUUUCCACACGUGCCUGUCCCGGCUUCCCUUUGCAGAGUCUGAUCAUGUUGGGCGACUUUAUCCUGGAGACGGUGGCGACUUGUUUCGCUUUCCUUUUCAUGACCUCCCCCUUGACACAGACUAUUGACGUCAUCGCGACCCCUGCAAAGGUGCAGAACGUUAAUCCAGUGAAUCUGCUCUGCUUCUUCCUGAACUGUGCGACACAACUUGGCUAUGGGAUUUUCAUGCCUGUUAACCAGGUGAUCCCUUGCAAUGCCUAUGGUGUGGCUGUGGGUUUCUUUAGCAUCAUCACUUGCUGGUGUCUUGCACGGCGUGAUGAGAAGGCUGAGCGUUGGAAUUUUCAGGCUUGUGCAAGCACAAUCUUCAUCUUGGCCUUGUCUGUCUUAAUCGUCCUGUAUGCCGGAGUUGGUGGCGAGCGCGCUCCUGGCAGAGUUGGAAGCCUGGGGAUGCUUGUGGGCAUCAUCAUGUAUGCAGCCCCCCUCUCGGUGCUGCAAGAGGUGAUUCGCACAAAGUCUUCCACGCCUUUGCCAGUCAUGCAGAUAUUUCUGGGCUUCCUCAACAGCCUCUGCUGGUUCGCUGUGGGCAUGCGAAAUCAAAAGCUUCCAGUCUGGGCCCCCAACAUUUUCGGGAUGCUUCUGUCUCUCAUCCAGCUAGUGCUGAUCUUGAAGUACCCAGCCAAACCGGAGGGUGACGUCGAAGCACAGAAGAAUCCCGUGCCGCUCCUUAAGGAGCAUGUUGCUGCAGACUUCGUGCGCAGCCGCACUGGGGAGCUCGCCGAGACUGUGGCGGAGAUUUCCGUGCUCGUGAAGAGCGUGAGCGGAAUCUUUGAGAACAACCCCAACGUCUGCACGGAGCACGAUGGCAAUGAGUCGGCGGAUUCGCAGGAAGUGAAGGACAAGGAGACUGCGGGCGAGGCCCACACUUCAGAGGCUCCAGUGCUGGGCCGAGAGGGGCGUGGCCGGAAGGAUUCUGCAGAGUCGGGCAAGAAGACAGUGGAAGAAGAUGGAGUCACCACCUCUCAAGAGAGGCAUUCUGUACAGCUCUGA